AUUUUUGUCUUAAUAUUUGAAAAAACAGGCUACUUCAAUUCACUUUUGAUUUUGAUUUAAAGUAUAAAUUUUGUCUUUUUUAGACGUGAUUGCUUAAGUUUCAUUUCCUUUCAUUCAGUUGAUUUCAGUUUCAAAUUUCGAUUUCAAGUGUGUGGCAAAAGUACACAAAAUUUUAGAAGUAGGCACAGUUUUUUCACUGCCUUUUUACAAAUUUUUAUUCAUUUAAAUAAUAUUUUUUUUCAGUUUUCAGUGUAUCUUUUGUUAGUAUUUUUCUGUUGUUUUUUUGGUAGCAAUUUUUGAAAGUAUUUUUUUUAAUAGCAAUUUUCUGAAGUAUUUUUUUUGGUAGCAAUUUUCUGAAGUAUUUUUUUUGGUAGCAAUUUUCUGGAUUAUUUUAGGGUAGUAUUUUUUUGGUGCUAUUUUUCUGCAGUAUUUUUAGGCAGUAUUUGUAGUAUUUUUCAGUAGUCUUAGUAAAAAUGACGGAGUCCAAGUCGUCGGGUACGUGCGAGAAGCUGGCUCUGUCCCUGCUCGCCCUGUGGUUCAUCGGCUCGCUCAUCACCAUCGUGGUCUGGGCGACGGCGCCGGACUUCAAGAGCGCCGCCCAGUGCCGCGCCGAGCUCCGCGACCUCACCGUGCAGCACGAGGGGUCGAAGGUCGUGUGCCAGAAGAACCAGGAGGCGCUGGAGGAGAUGGUGAACCAGGCCCGAGAGGAGAAGGAGCGACUCGCCGGCCUCAUCCUGGAGCUCAACGACAAACUCAACGCCACCAACCACACGCUGGAGCAGAGCCGCAUGGAAAACCUCCUCCUCCUGACCAACAUCAGCGCUCUGCAGGAGACCGUGGACACGCUGGAGCAGAUCCAGGCCAACCUCACCACCCAGCUGAGCCUCAAAGAAGAUCAAAUCGAAGCUCUGGAGCUGAACCUGACUCAGGCCGAGCACCAGACCCAGUCCUGCUUCAGCCUGAAGGAGGCAGCAGAAGCCCAGACCAGAGCCGCAGAGAGUCAGACACGAGCCUGUCAGUCCAACCAGAACUAUCUACAGAAACAACUUCAGAAGUAUAAGGCGGGUGAGUCAGACGCCGCGAAGCAGAGCACUCCUCAGCAGACCUCCGCCGAUCCUACAGGGUCCGGACCAGGACUCAGACCGGCCGGGAUCUUAGUCGUGUCUGUGCUCGUGUCCGCUGCAGUCCACCUCCUCACCUGAUUUGCCCGCUGCGUCUGGGAUGAAGAGGCCGGACUCACGACUGCUGUACACUUCCUGUUUACGCUCUCAUCGCCGUAGAAACGCCGCAUCCCUAAAAAGGCCUCUGAUCGGACGAACAUUUUGCGAACGACCGCGCGGACUCUUCACUUGACGAUCGGCUCAUAUUAAACUUCACCAAACGGCUUCUGCUGCAGCUCUGUACAACUCACAUUUAAUCCCGUUUUUCACUUUAAUUCUGUUGUUUUUAAACUGCAUUUCUAGACGUACUAACAGUUUUUUACAAAGAGAUAUUUUCCUUAUGGCGAGAUAAAUAUUUUUAAAUCGAAAUGACAAUAAACGAUCUGAUAAUGUUGGUAAAUAAAUGAGUAAAUAAAUUAAUAGUAGCACAAAAAAAUAUAAUAAUAAUAAAAUAAAAUAAUAAUAAUAAAUCACAACUGAAAAACAAUAUUCCAGAAUUUUUUUGUUUUACUUUUUGCAUCUAGAAUAUUGUUAAUGUUCGCUAUUUUUACGGAAAUUUAUGAAGGCUUAUUGAACAAUUUCGUGAUAUAGAUAAAAAAAUAAAAAUAAAAAUAAUACAAAAAAAUACAUUGAAAAUAAUAUAAAUAUUGAAAAAAAAAGUUAUAUUUUUUAUUAUUAUUUUAUUGUUUUAAAAAUGCAUUCCGGACCAUUUUGUGAAAGCCAAAUAUCUGUUCUUUUUUUUUUUUUUUUUUUUUUUUUUAAAUUGCGCUGUGGACAAGUGUUAUAAAAAAAUAAACAAGAAUAUAUUUUUCUGCUUUAUUUUCCUUCUUUAGAUUUUUUGGAAAUGUUUUAUUUUUUUUUUUUUUGUGUCGAUAAAGUGACUCUGUGGUAAAGGUGAAUGUGUUUUCUGUGACACUGGCUUGUGCUUUGCUCAAAGGCGGAUUUGAACCCACACAAACUGCACCCGUUUUAAUGUUUCAUGCUGUUUUUGUGUUUUUGGACUUGAAAGAAAUAAACCUGACAUUACACAAACUCGUA